AUGAAGUUAUUGAUUCUUUUUGGUAUUGUGGUCGUUUCGGCUUUUGCCGCGAUUUCUGAUGGUGAACAGACGAAGCAAUCUUCUGGAACAUCUAAAACAGCAGCGACUCAAGGAAAAGAAAGCUCUGAUUUAGCUCAAUGUAAGUUUUUUAUUUAAUAUUUGUGGUUUUAGAUGGUUUUUGUGAAAGCUUAUGUUAAAUUUACUUCUUUCAGUUCAUGUUCUGUUCCGAGACAUUCGACAAGAACAAGCUCGCGGUAUCUUAUCAUUGAAGAACGUGUCAAACAACAAGGAAAGAAUCAAAGUUUUGAAACAAUACAUUGAACAAUUAUCUAAAGAAGGUGAAAAGGCUAAAAGAGAAGUUGAGAGCAAAGAAUAUUCACCAAGACAACACGAGAUACCUCAGAAGCAGUCAUUGAAAGAUGCUGUUAGUAAUAUCGUCAAGAACACCGCCUUCUUCUGUGACGCUGUAGUUAACUUCCCUAAGAGAUUGCAAAAAGAAUUUGAAGAUAAUCAGAAGCUCAGAGAGUUGGUGACUUGGGGAAUGGACUUUGCUGACAAGAUUGACUUGUAUGAUGACGACACCAAGAAGAUUGUCGAGAUUGCCAAGAUUGAAUUGGGAUUGUUGGAUCGUCCAGAAGGCUUUGUCAACCCAUAUUUCAAGACUAAGGACCAGAAACAAAGGGAAUUGUAUGAUGAAUGGGAGAGAAAGCAAGACGAGAAAAGAGCUGAGAGGAAGAACAGUAUCAAGAAGGACAAGACCGAACUGUGA